AGGAAACGGGAGGGCGCCGGCCGGACGGCGGCAGGCGCGGAGGCGUUGGUCCGGGCGGGCUGUGCAGCCUCUAGCGGGGACGGUCCGAGGACUACAUCUCCCAGGCUGCUCUGGGCGGCCCUGCGUCGUAACCCCGGCGCGCACGGAGGCGGUGACUCUUACCUCACAAAGGUAGCUCCUCCGCCGGCAGCAACUCCGCGCCCGCGGUCCAUGGACCGGAACCUCGGGCCGACGGACAGGAACCCGGGCCGCGAUCGUCGCCUCCCCGCCUCAGGCUCCUCCUCCUCGCUCUCCGCCGCCUCCGCCGGACUCCCGCAGGUCCCGCACCGCCGCCGCCAGGCUAGCGGAGCUGCCCCGGGAAGCUGGGUGACGGGUUCGCGGCUGCCGCCGGACUGCGGCCUACUCCGCCGCAUCUCAGUGCUAUUGUCCCUGGGCCUGGCCUUGAGCGGGUCCACUGGGGAAGGCCGAGUGCGCCGGCUCCGCGGAAGAUGCCGGACCAAGCCCUACAGCAGAUGCUGGACAGAAGUUGCUGGGUUUGUUUUGCUACUGAUGAAGAUGAUAGAACAGCUGAAUGGGUGAGACCAUGCAGGUGCAGAGGAUCUACAAAAUGGGUUCACCAGGCCUGUCUACAACGCUGGGUGGAUGAAAAGCAAAGAGGAAACAGUACAGCCAGAGUGGCAUGUCCUCAGUGCAAUGCUGAAUACCUAAUAGUUUUUCCAAAAUUGGGUCCAGUGGUUUACGUCUUGGAUCUUGCAGAUAGACUGAUCUCAAAAGCCUGUCCAUUUGCUGCAGCAGGAAUAAUGGUCGGCUCUAUCUAUUGGACAGCUGUGACUUAUGGAGCAGUGACAGUGAUGCAGGUUGUAGGUCAUAAAGAAGGUCUGGAUGUUAUGGAGAGAGCUGAUCCUUUAUUCCUUUUAAUUGGACUUCCUACUAUUCCUGUCAUGCUGAUAUUAGGCAAGAUGAUUCGCUGGGAGGACUAUGUGCUUAGACUGUGGCGCAAAUACUCAAAUAAACUACAAAUUUUAAAUAGUAUAUUUCCAGGGAUAGGUUGUCCUGUUCCUCGAAUUCCAGCUGAGGCCAAUCCUUUAGCGGAUCAUGUUUCUGCUACUCGAAUCUUGUGUGGAGCCCUUGUCUUUCCUACUAUUGCUACAAUAGUUGGUAAAUUGAUGUUCAGUAGUGUUAACUCUAAUUUACAAAGGACAAUCUUGGGUGGAAUUGCGUUUGUUGCCAUAAAAGGAGCAUUUAAAGUUUACUUCAAACAGCAGCAAUAUUUACGACAGGCACACCGCAAAAUUCUGAAUUAUCCAGAACAAGAAGAAGCAUAAAACUGACUUCUGGUUGUUCUGCAGUUCUCUCAUCCUUAUGAAUCUGUUGUGUUGUUUUGAUUCCAUCAUUAAUGCACUUGUGGAGACUUGUGAUAAGCUGCUGCUCCUAUAUUUUUUAAGAAAUAAAGCACUUAGGGCAGGGGAAAUCAUCUCGGUAAUCACGGAACCUAAGAAUGUGAUUUGUUUUCAUUGUUUGUAUGUACUACUUUUAUGGCAGUCAUAUGAACCAUUAUCUUAGCAUGGUAAACCUGGGUUUUGUUCAUAUUUUCUCCAGACAGAAAUGCAAAGAUCAAACUGUGCAAAUAUUAAAAAAAUGCACAUGCUGUUUUAUUCAAAUGCCUCUUUUGUACAUGUUCAUGUUUAGUGUUUUCUCAGAAUCAGCAACUCAAGGUACUAUGAGGAUUUUUCUCACUGACAUAAUUUGAUUACAUACUAAAUAAGAGGAUAUGUUAAUAUGAGGAAAUGUAAAUUAAAUUAGUUAUAAAUAAAUAACCAAAAAUGUAUGUAAACAUUCAAAUGAUUAUCUGAACAAAUGAGAUUUUGUGGUGUUUUCUUUAACCCAUGUGAUGUCCUCCAAAAUGUGUAGGGUAAAAAUUCACAGGGCUUCCAGAUCACUUUUUCAAUAUUAAAUUUUAUUUACAUAAUGUUGACAUCUCAUACUUCAUGAAGUAAUUUUGACUCAUGCAGUCGUGUGUGUGUGUGUGUGUGUGUGUGUGUGUGUUUGUGUGUUUCAGUGUUUCAGUGUUUCAUCAGGUCCUUCCAUCUCUGGGAGUUUUUUCAACCCAUAUUUCUAGAAAUUACAGCUGCCAGUUUAUAGUAGUUUGAGCAGAGGAUGAUUUGCAAAAAUAAAAAUAAAGUUAUUUUACUCUCCUCUUUCAUUGAUUCAGUUAUUGAGAUAUUGGUUGAUCACCUCCUAUUUCCCAGGCACUGUGCAGAGUGCUGUAGGACAUAGUGGUGAACAAGACAGACUUGGUCCAAGCUCUUACAGAGUUGACAGUCUAGUUUCAGCACAUAGAAAACCAGCAGUGAAUAAACCAAGGUGAGGCCUUGAGCUCUUUGUUUUUAUAUUAAUGAGGAGAAAAGUAUGAAAACAAGAAGUCUUAAGUAAAUAUUGAGGUCAUUGUUUUUGGCUUAAGUUUAUUAUAGAAAACCAACACUAACGUUUUUAGAUUUUAAUUGUUGUCCUAUUGAUGAGGCUAGCACCUUAAUCACUGUUUAGUUUUGUAUUCAUUUUUAAAAGCAAUUAUUUAAGCCAUUUUCAAUAGAUUGGUCAUUUUAAUGUUCAGCAACCUGAAUGGUUAUUUUUGUUAAUUAAAAUUAAAUUUUUAAGAGAUAUUUUCAAAACCCUAUUUAUUUUCUUGUUCACAGUAAUGCAUGUCAAUAAUAAAUGUUUCCCCUUACUGAUAAGUGGCCACUUUAGGAGUGUAGCAAAUAUAGAUUGAGCUAUGUUAGUUUGCAAUAAUAUAUGUUAACUUUAGUAAUUAAAGACUGGUUUCUAUAGUAUGAAUGUCUUAAUUUUGAGUUACAUGAUGUUUAUUUGAAUGACUGUUGAACAUUCAAAUUUGUAUUAUUUGGAGAUGAAGAGAAGAUUUGAUUAACAGUGAGCCUUAUUAAGAACACUACUACAGUUCUGAAGGGGAAAUAUAACAUCUAUGAUUAUAUAUUUUAAAAACUUAGAUUAUAGGCUGUAAUUAUAAAAUAUAUUGGCUUUUGUUUUCAAUGUGAAAAGAUACAUUAAAUGGACAUAUAUCUUGCAAAAUUUUGUUGUAUAGAACAGUUUUUAGGCAGCCUUUACUAAAGUUGUGCAAACACACAGUUCCCCAUUUACUACUUUAAUGCCCUUGACAGGGAGUAGCUGCUUGGGUUUAUAGGUAUUAGGGCUCAUGAAGGCCGGGGAACAACUCUAAUCCUUUUGGGGCAGGAGGGAGGGUUUUUUUAGGGUUGUGGGGAGGGAACUGCAAGUGCCUGAGGACCAGAGUGGCCUCUAGCCCCAAAUUGAACACUUUUAAACCUAAAGAGCCUUAUUAUUAUUAGCUCGAGAAAUACCACAUGCCAGUCUUUCCAGGAAGGUGACCUGCCUGACCAUGAAGCAACAAAAGAGCAUAGGCAGACUUAAAGUUGGAUAGACCUGGGUUCAAAUCAUAGUUCAGCUUUCAAUAACUGUAUGUAUGAUUUUGGCUAAAGGAUUUGACUUUCUCUCAACUGCAGUUUUCUUAAUCUUUGAAAUGCAAGUAAUGUUUAUCUCAGAAGACUAUUUCUAGGAUUAACUGAGAGAUUAAAGGAACAGCAGCACUUAGGCUCAAAAUUGCCGCUACAAAGCAGUAGUUGUUUCUUAAUUGCUAAGUAAGCUGUUUGCACUCUAGGAAAAGUAAAUGAAGAGGUAAAAGAAAGGCAUUGGGGACAAAUGAAAGAGAUGAUGUAGAUUUUUCGGAUGGGUGGAUAUAUUUUAUUUUCCAGUUUAUUUUCAUAUUUCUUUACUGUGUUAUUUCUAGAAACUUUAAUGUUUUAAACCUCUUUUAUAAAAUUCAAUGAUGACUACUAGAAUUCUAUUCUUUUCAAAAGUUAACUUAUCUCCAAAGUGGCUGAAAAUAUUGUUUACCAUUACAUGAUUAUGAAAUGACUGUGAAGAAUAUAAAAUUAAACUUAGUGACUUAAUUAGUCACUGCCUUGCUAACUUUGCUGUAAUUUUUUUUAAACGUCUUGUUUUUAAUAUAGCAAACUAUCUCAAUACUGGCUGGAUUAGGUUAAAUAAAGAAUUUUUAUGUUC